UCAUCAGCCGUCGUAGAGCAGAUAUAUCAGAAUGUAAACAUGGUGACAUACAGAUGAAAAAAACGCCAAAAUGGUCUUCGAAAGCUUGGUGGUAGACGUCCUCAACAGGUUUUUAGGGGACUACGUUGUCAACCUCGACAGCUCCCAGCUCAAGCUCGGCAUUUGGGGAGGUGAUGCCAUUCUCACAAAUCUUGAAAUAAAGGAAAAUGCAUUGAGUCAACUUGACAUUCCUUUUAAAGUGAGAGCUGGUCAUAUAGGGCGGCUGGAGCUGAAGAUACCAUGGAAGAACCUCUACACCCAGUCAGUGGAGGCAACGCUGGAUGGUGUCUAUUUGCUCAUAGUCCCCACAGCAAGUAUAAAAUAUGAUGCAGUAAAGGAGGAGAAGCAGCUACAGGAGGCUCGUCAGAGGGAGCUACAGCGGAUAGAAGAAACAAAGCAAAAGGCUGCUGAGCAAGAGAACCCCAGCCUUGAAAAGCAGGACACUUUUGUGGAGAAGCUUGUCACUCAGGUCAUCAAAAACCUACAGGUCAAGAUCUCUAACAUCCACGUACGCUAUGAAGAUGAUGUCACCAAUCCCAACUGUCCAUUGUCAUUUGGUGUGUCGCUUGAAAACCUCAGCCUUCAGACAGCCGAUGAAAACUGGAAUCCAAGUCUUUUGGAUGAGAAUUCAAAGCUUUUCUUCAAGUUGGUUCAACUAGACAAUUUGUUUGCCUACUGGAAUGUCAACUCAGUUCUUUUCUCCAAUCACAAUGCAGAUGAGGCUCUGCGUUGUCUCAAGAACAGCAUGAAUGUUCACAGCCAUCUUCCUGUCAGCCAUGAUUUCAUUUUUCGUCCCAUCACAGCAGACGCUAAACUUAAGAUGAAUCCCAGGUCAGAUGUGGACCACUCCUCUCCUAAAGUUGAUCUUAUGGUCAAUCUUAGUGAGGUGGCCAUUGAACUUAACCGACCCCAGUACAUUAGCAUUCUUGAGCUGCUGGGCUCAGUGGAUAUGAUGUCAAGGAACCUGCCAUACAGGAAGUACAGACCUGAUGUCCAUGUUCACAAAAAUGCCUACAUAUGGUGGAAGUACAUAAUCACAAGUGUCCUGGAGGUGGAUGUGAAGCCUCGUCUCCACAUGUGGUCGUGGACGCACAUCCACCGGCACCGUCUGAUGGUAAAACAUUAUCGUGAGCUCUACAAGACCAAGAUCACCAGCAAGAAGCCCAGUGAGGAGCUCCUCAAGAAACUAGAGGAGCCUGAGAAGACCUUGGAUAUUUUUAACAUCACUUUGGCCAGACAGCAGGCUGAAGUGGAGGCGAGCAAAGCUGGACUGCGCAUAUACCGUCCAGGGCUGAAGAUGGAGGAGGAGGAGUCUCAGGGUUGGUUCAGUUGGAUGUGGAACUGGGGAGGAGAAGAGGAAACGCCAACAAAAGAGGCCAAGAGUGGAGCCUUCGAUGAGCUGCUGACCACUGCUGAGAAGGCCAAACUAUACACUGCCAUUGGAUACAGUGAAACUGCUGCCAAUCCCAACCUGCCAAAGGAUUUUGAGGACAUGAAGGUUAAUUUCCACAUGGAGAGACUAACUGUGUCCAUAAAAGACAACAAGGACAAAAAUGAGAUCAUCAGGCUGACUGUGGGAGAGCUCAUGUCCACGCUCACACAACGACCUGGAGCACAAGCAAUCAAAAUCACAGCACAGCUCAGUUUGUUCGAGGUCACUGGUCUGGCUAAUAAUCAGCCUGCGCCCACUCUCCUGUCAUCGAGGAAAGCGGCCACAGGAGCAGGGACUCCGUUGCUCUGCAUUUUGUUUGAGACCAACCCACUGGAUGAGAGCGCCAACCAGCGCCUUCAUGUAGAAUCACAGCCUCUAGAAAUCAUCUAUGAUGCUAUGACUGUCAAUGGCAUGUCAGAGUUCUUCAUGCCACCUGAUGACCUGCAACUAGAUGAGCUCACCAACGCAACGCUGAUGAAACUGGAGCAGUUUAGAGAUCGCACAGCCACUGGACUCAUGUAUGUGAUUGAGACACAAAAAGUUCUCGAUCUCAAGGUGAACCUGAUGGCCUCAUACGUCAUCAUUCCACAGACUGGUUUCUACAAUGCCACUCAGAACAUCAUGCUGUUGGACCUUGGACACUUCCAGAUGUCUAGUCAAAGCAAAAAACAUCUGCCCCAGUUGUCAGCGGGCUCCAGUAACAUUGAAGACAUCAUGUUGAGAGCAUAUGACAGCUUUGAUGUACAGCUUAGUAGUCUGCAGUUGCUAUAUAGCAAACCAGCCGGAGACUGGAAAAAGGCCCGUAAGCAGAGACAGUCACCACUUCACAUUCUGGAGCCAGUGGAUCUAAAGGUGGUUUUCAGCAGAGCGAUGGUGGUCAAAGACUCCCGCAUGGCAAAGUACAAGAUUUCUGGGGAGCUUCCUUUGCUUUCUCUUCGUAUUUCUGAUAAUAAACUUCGAAGUGUUUUGGAACUGAUAGAAAGCAUCCCACUGCCUGAAAGCAAACCUGCAGCACGCAGCAAUGCUCCAUCCUCUACAAAGGCAAAGCAGUCAUUCACCCCCCAGCUCACGCCCAGGAGACCUUUGACCUUAGCUGACCAACGCUCCUCUCUCAUUUUCGAGUCAUGUGAGACCAUCAGCCUCACCUCCCUGGGGUCAGAGGAAGAUUUGUUCUUCGAUGCUCCCAGCUCUCCCAUCGGUGAUCGACCAUUCUUCCCAGAUAAUCCAUUGCCACUUCGAUAUGCCGACAAAAGAAAAAGUCUUGUCAAGGAAGAAUCGCAGAAGAAUAUGACUGACUUUUUCAUGACAUUUGAAAUCACAGAGUUUUCUGUACAGUUGUGUCGUCUGUCUGGGAGUCAAGAAGUCACAGUGCUUCACUUGGAUAUAGAAGGUCUAGGCACUCAUUUAAAACUCUGCACCUUUGACAUGACAUCGUACACCUACCUUAAAGAGAUCUGCCUCAAGUGCCCUGAAUAUCUGGAUUCGGAAGACAGGCAGGUUCAGCUGAUCACCACUCUAGACAACACAGAGGUUGACCUGCUGACCCUGGAGUAUAUAAAAGCAGAUAAAAAUGGCCCUGAGUUCAAGACUCUGCAUAACAAUACAGAGCAGCUCAUCAAGGUCACAUUUUCAUCCCUGGAUGUUCAUCUCCAUACGGAGGCUCUCCUCAACACCAUGAACUUUCUCAGCAACCUCCUGCCUCCCUCGACUAAGAAGGAGGGAGGGCAGGAGGAGCUGCCAACCAUUCCUGAGGAGGAUGAGCAAGAGAGCGAAAGGGAGAAGGAGAAAAAGGAGGAAGCUGCAGUCGUCAAGAAAAAACCUUCUAAAAGUCCAAAGUUUCCAGAUAUUGUUAAUCUGCAUAUCAGAGCUGAUCUGCGCUGUCUGAAGGUUUUCAUUCGAGGGCAGAAAGCCAGGAUCUCAGAGAUUGGUAUUGAAGGUCUGGUUUCUGAGGUUCUCAUGAGGAAGUCAGAGAUGGAGGUUCUUGCCAACCUGAAGAACAUUGUGAUCCUAGAUUGUGACAAAGAUGCCUUAUACAAAAAGGCUGUAUCUAUAGCUGAUAAGGAAGUGUUCGCCUUCCACAUGGUAAAUUACACCAAUGCAACAGAAGGAGAUGCCUAUUUGGAUAUGUCAAAAGUCGACACUUUAGUCACACUGACUGUCGGGUGCAUUCAGGUCAUUUUCCUCAACAAGUUUGUCUCCUCCAUACUGGCCUUUAUCAAUAACUUCCAGGAGGCUAAGGAGGCUCUGGCUGAAGUAACAGUCCAAGCUGCAGAAAAGGCAGCGUCAGGUGUGAAAGAGCUGGCAGAGCGGAGCACUCGCAUCUCUCUGAACGUCCACUUCAACGCACCCAUCAUCUUACUCCCUCAGUCAUCGUCUUCUACUAAUGUCAUUGUAGCUGACCUUGGUCUUCUGUCUGUUAAGAACCGCUUUGCUAAACAGCCCUUUAAAAUCGAUGUGAAGAUCCCACCUGUUGUGGACAUAAUGACAGUGAAACUAACAGACCUCAAGAUGUACAGAAUAACAUACAAAAAUGAUAGGUUUGAGGGAGAGACCCAUGUAUUAAAGCCAGUCAGCCUGGACUUGGAAAUUCUGAGGAACCUUUCAUCGAACUGGUAUCACAACAUACCUGACAUCGAGAUCACAGCUCACUUGAAGCCUAUGGCUCUGAUCCUCAGCCAGGAUGACAUGACUGUAGUCCUGAGGACUCUGAGUGAAAACCUGUCGGAGAAGUCUGACAUGAUGCCCCCUCCAGCUCCUCCAACCACCACAGACCCUGGUGCCGAUUCAGUUUCCAACAAAGAGUCGCAGGGCUCGGGAACCACAGGACCACCCAGCAGUAACACAGUGGUAACUGCUGCUGUUGUUGAAACCCACAAAAACACCAAGCUGAAGACGACACUUAAAUUAGACUUUAAGUUUGACUCCAUGACACUGGUCCUGUUUAGUCCAAAUGAGAAUGAGAUACAACUGUUGGAUUCACAUGAUGAGCAGCUGAAGCUGGCAGAGUUUACUCUGGGCACCAUCUCCACUUCCGUCCACAUGUUCUCUGACAGCUCCAUGAAGGCCUCAGUCCGAUUAGCUGCCUGCCUUCUAGAUGACAAGAGGCCCAGGAUAAAGAUGGUCACUCCCAGAAUGAUGGAGAUGCGUGCAGAAAAUAACAUGAUGGUGGAGGUGAAGUACCGCCAAGGCCAUGAUGGCACCACUUUGGAUACACUGGUGCAGGAUGUGUACCUUUGUGCAAGCAUGGAGUUCUUGCUCACUGUAGCAGAUGUAUUUCUAAAAGCCACCCAGCAGGGUUUUGCUCAAGCACCACAAACCAAGAGCAGCACUGGAGCAGGAGAAAAAAAGAACAUCAAUGCCUCUGUGUCAUCCAAAGAGUCCACUGUAGCUCCCCCUGUGGUGUCAAAAACAGAGAUGAACGUUGUGGUACGUAACCCUGAGAUUGUGUUUGUGGCUGAUCUGACACGUGCUGACGCUCCAGCUCUAGUGAUGACCACACAGUGUGAACUGGUGAUGAAAAGUGGUGCAGAAGAAUCACAAAUGACUGCGGUGAUCAAAGACCUCAAGGUUGUAGCAUGUCCCUUCUUGAGGGAGAAGAGAAAAAACAAUGUGACCACAGUGCUGCAGCCAUGUGAGGUUUUCUUCCAGAGCACCCAGACCCCGACCUCUCCUCAGGCUAUGGAGCUCUCCAUCAAUGCGCUCACACUGAAGGUCUCCCCAAUCAUUAUCAACACAGUGAUCACCAUCCAGUCAGCUCUGACUCCCACAGCAGAGACCCCGGAGGAGUUGGACAGUCCUGUUCCAGUGGAUCUAUGGGAGAAAAGGGGCUGGAAGGAGCUCAAACUCUGGUUCCUGGAGGAAGAGGGGGAUGUGGACACACAAUCAAAGGCCCCACUGAUACCACAAGGAGAGUCAUUGCAGAUGGCCAUUAAAUCCAUUUGUCUGACUCUGGAGGCUGGAGUAGGACACCGUACCAUCCCCAUGCUUCUGGCCAAGUCCUCCUUCCAUGGGGAUGUUACAGACUGGUCUACACUCAUCAAUUUACAUAGCGAACUCAACCUAGAGGUUCACUAUUACAAUGAGAUGAUGGGAGUGUGGGAACCUCUGUUGGAGCCCCUGGAAGAUGACAACAAAGACGGAUUCAAACCAUGGACCCUAGCCCUUAAGAUGAAGAAGAAGCCACUGCACCACUUGGGUAUAUCAGAUGAAGUGGAUUGCCAUGUCCCUGACUAUAAGACAGCCAUCAUCAUCAGCAGUGAUGACCAGCUCAACAUCACACUCUCCAAAUGUGGCCUGGCCAUGCUGAGUAACCUGGGCACGGCGUUUGCAGAGGCGGCCAAACAGACAUCUGAGUGUUUCCAGAAGGAUGAAGCUCCAUUUGUGGUCAAAAACCGCCUAGGCCUGCCAGUGUCGGUUCGCCACAGUGAGAUGUUUAGGCCCACUGAACAAAAGAGCAACAACACAGAGCAGCACACUGUGGAAUUGCAGGAUGGGGAAACAGUCGGGAUGGACUAUUCAGUCACAACAGACUCUGAUCAGUUCUCAGCUAUGAUUUCCUUAAGUGGAAAGGACUACUGCAUAGAGCCUACUCCAGUUGGCCACACCUCAGCCAGUGUGAUUCCCCUGAUCAAAGUGGGCAGAGGAAUGUACAGUGUAAUGCACAAAGAGUCAGGAGUCACCCGUUUCCUGGUCUGUCAGAUUUACUCUGUGGAGGGCAGCAAGUACAUCAAGAUCCGCUCUCCUUUUCAGAUCAUCAAUCAUUUCUCAAUCCCAUUCAAAGUUUUUGAGGGAUCAACAUGUCUGGGUACAGCUCUCCCCACUGAGGAGUACUGUGUGCCAUUGGACUCAUACAGGUCGGAGCUGAGCCUUCAGCCAGUGACGGGUGAAGACGGUGACAAUCAGGGCGAGCAGUUUGAGUGUUCUGAGGGCUUCAGUUACGAAGACAUCAGCAACCAGCAGCCUGAGAAACACAUCCAGCAGACGUGCCGUCGCUGUGGAGACGAGGGCGGUGUGAUGACAGUCAAUAUUGUUCCAUUAAAAGACGCGGUGACAUUCAAACACACAGGAGGUGCUGGAGAGAACUUCGAUGUACCUUUUGUGCUUCACCUAUGGCCUUCCAUUCUGCUGCGAAACUUGCUGCCAUACCCCAUCACCUACAAGUUAAAGGACAGUGGAGAUUCUCCUCCUGAGGCCACUUUAAACCCAGGCCAUUCUGCUCAGCUUCACACUGCAGUCAUGAACCAGUCCAGUCUCGACCUCUGUUUGAUUAACUACUUGGCUCAGGAUUGGUCCUCAGAACUCAGGCUUCACAGCGACCAGGAGGAGAUCACUUUCAUCGUGUUUCAGUCUCUUCGAGAAGAUGAAGACAUUAAUGAAGGAGAAGAGAGAAAGAGGGCAGAGUUGGAUAUAGCAGUUCACGUUAAGUAUGACCAGGGGCAGACAGUUGUUGCCAUCCAUUCACCAUAUUGGAUGAUUAAUAAGACUGGCAGGUUGCUCCAGUACAAGGCAGAUGAUAUUCACCGUAAACACCCGAUGGACUACGACAUGCCACUGCUCUUCUCCUUCAAACCUCGCUACUUCCUGCGAAACAAUAAGGUCCGUCUUAUGAUCUCGGACAGUGAUCUGUCAGAUGAGUUUUCCCUGGAUACAGUUGGGAGCCACGGUGAUGUCAAAUGUAAAGGCAGAUACAAAGAUUACCUGGUUGGUGUGAAGAUUGACACAAGCAGCUUCAGCCUGACCCGUAUCGUGACUUUUGUGCCGUUUUACACACUGGUCAACAGAACCAAGCACACAGUCUUCAUAUGCGAGGAGGGGCUGGAGAACUGGACUGAGGCUAAACCUGAGGAGUCAGCAAUUCCCUUCUGGCCUGAAAAUGACACCAAGAGGCUGAAGAUUAAGGUGGAAGGUUUAUCGCCUCCUCGGACUAUUGACUUCACUCGGCCAGAAAACUGCUUAUUGCUGCAUCUGGACAACUAUGUGGGUGGGAUCAUUGUUGAUGUGAAUCUGUCAGAACAUUCGGCCACAAUCCGAUUCUCCGAGUACCAUGACGGCGCUGCCCCUUUCCUCAUCAUCAACCACACCAAAGACCAGAAUCUGGUUUUCCAUCAGAGCAUCGAGAAAGAGACCUCGUGGGUGGCAGACGAGUUGCUUGACCUCUCCUUCUCAGACGAGGAGGGCAGUUCUCAGAAGGAGGCGGAACAGGAGGAGCUGGAGGCUGGAAAAGCUGUAUACUACACCUGGACCGAACCUACCGGGUCCCGAGAGCUGUGCUGGAAGUGUGGCUGUUACAACGGGAAGUUGAAGAGUGAGGAGGACCACCGUGAGAACAUGAACAAUGAGGGAAAACUGUUUGUGGUCUCCUUUUAUGAAGGUCUACAGCGUGUCGUGCUGUUUACUGAGGAACACUCCAUCUACAAACUGCUUUGGGAGAGUGAGAAAGUACAGCUGGCUGAGCAGGAAAUCAUUCUGUCGCUGCAGAACGUAGGUGUGUCUCUGGUGAACAACAGCAGCAGUCAGGAGGUCUCCUUCAUUGGGAUCACAAGCUCUGACGUAGUGUGGGAAUCGAAGCCAAAGAAGAAGAAUCGGUGGAAAACUCUGAGCACUAAAGAUGCUGAGAUGCUGGAGAACAGUUACCAAGAAUACAUCGAAUCCGGACCAAUAGACAAUGCCAUCGUUGAGCUGGAGAACAACUUCCAGGUUUCUUUUACUCCCAAUGGCAUGGACAUGCGGAUGCUGCAGCCCUGUGACGCUCCCCUUAGGAGGCACUUCCUGCCUGGGGUGAAGGUUGAGUACAGCGUCUCAUCACGACAGAGAUCAUACAGAGUCCAGAUCCACCGCAUACAGAUCCAGAAUCAGCUGCCAGGAGCCAUCUUCCCUUAUGUUUUUUACCCUGUAAAACUGCCAAAGUCUAUUACUAUGGACUCAGAACCCAAACCUUUGACUGACAUCAGCAUUGUCACCAGAGCAGCAGGGCAUUCUGAUAUCUCACGCAUCAAAUACUUCAUGGUGUUGAUUCAAGAGAUGGACCUAAAACUAGAUCUAGGCUUCCUGUAUGCCAUUCUGGACCUGUUCACACCUGAGAACGCCACCACCAUGAGCUCAGAACAGGAGGUGGAACUGUUUGAGAAGGACAUUGAGUAUAUAAAGACAGAACUAAACCACGUUUCUGCUGCUGAUACAUCUCCUAUCAGCCUCUACGAGUACUUCCACAUCUCUCCCAUCAAGCUGCACCUGAGUUUCUCUCUGAGCACAGGAGGAGAAGAUGGCCUGAAGGAGAAGAGAGAUACUGAGCUGAUCCCAGUUCAGUCUCUAAACCUGCUGUUGAAGAGUAUCGGCGCCACGCUCACUGAUGUGCAAGAUGUCGUCUUCAAGCUGGCCUUUUUUGAGUUGAAAUUCCAGUUUUGUACAGCGCAGCAGCUACAGUGGGAAGUCAUCAGACACUAUUCUAAGCAGGCUAUUAAACAGAUGUAUGUGCUGGUGCUGGGUCUGGAUGUCCUUGGAAAUCCUUUUGGGCUCAUCAGAGGCCUGUCAGAAGGGGUGGAGGCCUUCUUCUAUGAACCAUAUCAGGGUGCUAUUCAGGGGCCAGAGGAGUUUGUUGAAGGAAUGGCUCUUGGGGUGAAGGCUCUGGUAGGCGGUGCUGUAGGGGGAAUAGCAGGUGCCGCCUCCAGAAUCACAGGCGCUAUGGCGAAGGGCGUUGCUGCCAUAACGAUGGAUGAGGAAUAUCAGCAGAAGAGACGGGAGACGAUGAACAAACAACCAAGCAGCCUGAGAGAAGGACUGGCCAGAGGAGGAAAGGGACUGGUGUCUGGGUUUGUGAGUGGGAUCACAGGAAUCGUCACCAAACCCAUUAAAGGAGCUCAGAAGGAGGGUGCAGCUGGGUUCUUCAAAGGGGUCGGUAAAGGCCUGGUCGGUGCAGUUGCCAGACCCACAGGAGGCAUCAUCGACAUGGCCAGCAGCACCUUCCAAGGGAUCAAGAGGGCGGCAGAGACUUCUCAAGAUAUCAUGUCUUUGCGUCCUCCUCGCUUCAUCCAUGAGGACGGAGUCAUACGUCCAUAUAAGGAGAGGGAGGGCAUCGGCAGUCAGAUGCUCCAGCAGUCAGGCUGGAUGGAGUGGCUUGAAGUUACCACAUAUGAGACUCAGCGGACGUUGGCCUACAGUGAAUGCAGUAGAGGUGGAUCAGUGGAUCAGAACCACGAGGAAAGCAGUUAGACUCUAUUAGUGUAGUGUCGGCCGUAGGGUAGAGUAGAACCCCGUCAGUAGAAUGAGCUGCAGGUCGUUUCAGUUUGGAAGAUGCUGUCAAAUGAGUUAGAAAAAUGAUGCAAAAGCCCCCUGAAUGUUGAAAUUCUUUCCGUAUUUUGUAUCCAAGUUUGUCAUUUUGACUUAUUGUGUCUGUUUUUCUCCUAUUUUAUUUCAUCCGUUCCUUUUUGUUGUUUCCCCUCAUCACUCUAAAACACCACACACUUUCUUCUCUUUGUUAAGAUUCCAUUCAUCUUUAUUUGAUGCUUAAAAGUCAUAACGAUUUCCUCAGUGUCUCCUCUUCUUCCUGUAUUUUAUGUCUUUUUUCCUGUUUUGUUGGUCAUUCACUGCCCUUUUGUUCUCAAUAAAAGCUUCAUAAAUUUC